AUGGAUGGGCUGGAGAUACUGCUCGACAGCACCGAUAUCGACAUUGACGCGACAAACGAAGAUGGAAUAACGGCGCUCCAUCUGGCUGCCGAGUCUGGAGAAACUGAUGCUGUUCGGCUUCUGCUAGAGCAUAAGGCUGACAUGCACAUCGCUGAGAAUGGUGGUUCCACCGCCGAGCAGUUGGUAACGAGCAGCGGACAUACCGAAGUGGCUGAACUCCUGCGGAGUAGCAGGCCGACGCAGUCUAUGCACUCUGAAAAGACAAGAUAAUCAAAUCUACCUUCUGGUAGUGAUGGGGGCAGUUUGAAUGCUUUUACAAACAAUUCAAAGUAUGCCCGGGCAACAGCAC